AUGGGAAAGCUAGAUCUUUCCAACAAUAGAAUCACUGGUGGAGUACCCAAAUGGAUAUGGAAGGUUGGGAAUGGGACUUUAUACUAUUUAAAUCUUUCUCGCAAUGCUCUGCAGAGAAUAGAACCGCCAUUUCUCCAUGUUUCAUUCAGUGACGGGGUUACUCUUGACCUUAGCUUCAACAAACUAGAAGGCUCACUUCCGAUCCCACCACCCUCAACUUCUUUCUUCUCUCUUUCAAACAAUAGUUUUAGUGGUGAAAUCCCUGUGUCAAUUUGCAACACAACAUCCCUUGAAGCCCUCGAUCUAUCUAGAAACUGGUUCAGUGGUUGGAUUCCACAAUGUCUAGGUAAAGUCAGUGAUGGCCUCAAGGUGCUAAAUCUUCAAGGGAAUGCAUUUAGCGGUACCUUGCUUCAAACAUUCAAAAAGGGAUGCAAUCUGCAAACUGUUGAUCUUAGCGAAAAUCAAUUAGAAGGCCAAGUGCCAAGGUCUUUGGCUAAUUGUACAAUGUUGGAGGUAUUAAAUCUUGGUAAGAAUCAAAUAAAUGACGUCUUCCCUUCAUGGGUGGAAGCUUUGUCCCAGUUGCGUGUUCUUGUCUUGAAAUCUAACAAAUUUCAUGGCCAAAUCACACUUCCACAAUCAAAUCAGAGCUUCCCAAUGUUGCAGAUCUUUGACCUCUCUUCUAAUAGUUUUUCGGGUGGUUUGUCAUCAAACAUGUUUCAAAGCUGGAAGGCAAUGAUAGAGGAGGACAAAUCUCAAUCUAAGUUCCUUCAUAGAAGACUAAAUUCAUCACGGAGUAUCGUAUACUAUCAAGACACGGUGACCAUUGUGUUCAAAGGACUAGAAAGGAAAUUGACAAAGAUCCUAACCAUCUUCACAGCAAUUGAUCUCUCCAACAACUGUUUUCAUGGGGUUAUUCCAGAAUCUAUAGGGAUUCUCAAGUCGCUCCGUCUGCUCAAUAUAUCAGGCAAUGGUUUCACAGGCCAAAUUCCAACAUCACUUGAGAACCUAAGGGAGCUUGACUCGUUGGAUCUCUCACGGAACAAUAUUUCAGGGGAGAUUCCUUGGCAGCUGACAAAGUUAACAUUCCUCUCGGUGUUGAACCUUUCGCAGAACCAACUUGUGGGAAGCAUACCACAGAUUAAACAGUUUUCCACAUUCACAAAUAAAUCCUUCGAAGGGAAUUUGGGAUUAUGUGGACCUCCAUUAUCGAGAAAAUGCAUUCCACCACCAUCAGUAAUGCUGACCUUGGAAGAUGAAGCUUCAGAACUGGAUUGGAAAUUCAUGUGGAUCGGAUUUGGAGUCGGAUAUGGAGCAGGAAUGGGAGUUCUUUUCUGGACCCUGACAUUAUGGAAAAAGGGAAACAAAGAAUAUAAUAAAUUUAUAGAUAGAAUGCUUUCAUUGAUUUUUGUUCCUCGGAAAUAUUUGCUCUGA